AUGCAUGGCAUCAACCGCAUACGCAGUAAACGCGGUAAGAAGUAUGGUGAUGCCAACAAGGCUCUGGUGUCCCAGGAAGAACAUAGUCCUGACUUUGGCGCUGCACCUAUCCUAGGUGCUGGCUUCGAGCCCGUUGUGCCUCUCGAAUUGUCUGCCAACCGUUGGGUCCCUACGAGUGCGACCUACAAGGUUCAACCUGAUGUUGAUUCGCCUGAGCUGGUCAACCGUAAGGUCAGGGCUCUGCUCAACAAGCUCACGAUGGAGAAAUUCGAAACGAUUUCAGACAAGAUCAUCCACUGGGCUAACAAGGGCAUGGAUGGGGACGGGCAGACGCUCAUCCGAGUCAUCCGGCUGGUGUUCAAGAAGGUGACUGUUGAGACCGCUUGGGGUGAGAUGUACGCGCGGCUAUGUCAGAAGAUGAUGGAGCAAAUCAGACCUGUGUACGACGACGGGAUCAAGAACAGAGGGGAGAGGCCUAUUGCUGGCAAACAGCUGUUCCGCAAUUAUCUCCUCAACUUGUGUCAAGAAUACUUUGAGCGCCGGUGGUUCGUCAAGGAGGCUACUGCUGCAGCCGCUGGGGCAAAGGCUUCCAGCGAUCACGCAACCAAGGCUGCUAACGACAAGAAGGGCACAUUGGAUGCUGGGCUCGAUUCUGAUGAGUACUACGCUGCACAGAAGGCGAAGCGCCAGGGUCUCAAUCUCAUAAAGUUUAUUGGCGAGCUGUUCAAGGUUCGGAUGCUAACCGAGCGUUUCAUGCACGAGUGUGUGGUGAAGCUGCUUUGCAACAUCGAGAACCCCGAGGAACAGAGGAUUGAGAGCUUGUGUCAGAUGUUGAAGACAGUUGGCCAGUUGCUUGACACGCCGCAAGCCCGCGCGCGUAUGGACGUUUACUUCACGCGUAUAAAGGAGCUAGGCGAGAGCCAUAAUAUCAGCACUCGUAUGCAGUUCAUGCUUCAGGAUGUUAUCGAGUUGCGUGACCGUAUAUGGAUGAGCCGCCAUGCUGCACCUGUGACAAUUGCUACCGUUCACGCACUGGUAAGAUAG